AACACUUUGUAGCGCCUUGUUAAAUCGAAAGCCUUUGUUUAAUCUCACCCGCUGUAGACUCUGUACGCAUUGCAACAGCAUCCUGUGUGAUGUUUCUCACGUCUGCUCUUCUCUCUUUGUGCUUCUGUUUUCUGGUAGGUGUGUUUGGUGAUGCAGAUGAAGUGACGUCAGUGUCAGUGAUGGAGGGACAUUCUGUCACUCUACACAAUAAUGAUACACAACUAAAGAGCGCUCAUCUGAUACGGUGGACUUUUGUUACUCGAGAGUCUCCCAUAGUUAGAAUCAACAAAGAAGCCAAUAAAGUCUCAAUAUUUGUUGAUGUUCUUGAUGGGAUGUUCAGAGACAGACUGCAGGUGGACGAUCAGACUGGAUCUCUCACCAUCACAAACAUCACAACUCAACACUCUGGACUUUAUCAAAUCACCAUCAGCGGCAAACAACAGAUCUCGUACACAUUCAAUAUUACUGUCUAUGCUCGUCUGCCUGUUCCUGUCAUCUCCAGAGACACUUCACAAUGUUCAUCUUCAGUGUCAACAUGUGUUGUGUUGUGUUCAGUGAUGAAUGUGACACAUGUGAGUCUCUCCUGGUACAAAGGAAAGAGUUUAUUGUCCAGCAUCAGUGUGUCUGAUCUCAACAUCAGACUCUCUCUACCUCUGGAGGUGGAAUAUCAGGAAACAAACACAUACAGAUGUGUCAUCAACAAUCCCAUCACAAACCACACACAACAUCUCAACAUCACUCAAGUCUGUCAAAAGUGUUCAGGUCUCACCUUCAUUCAUAAAGUUGUGAUGUGUUGCGCUGCUUUUGGAUCUCUGAAGAUAGCGACUGUACUUCUGAUCAUCUGCGUCUGCAGGAAACUGAGGAAAUGAACGAUAACACACGCAGUCCGUCUCAAAAUGACUUUGUAUACAUAUUGAAAAAUGUUAACCGACAGCAAAAUAUCAUCAGAUUUAUUGUAUUUCUUGUCAAGACAACAAACAGUAUUUCUAGUAUUUUGUUUUUAUCUGCGAAUGCAUGCGACACUCUUGCAGCUUCGUUUCAAGUGAAACCCGGUGACUUCAUUGUGUCGGGGUGGAAAGAGGUGUGGUUUUGUUCUGCUGGUGGACAUGACUGUGUGUUUGUCUAUUGAUGUUGUGUGUGUGUGUGUGUAUGAGAGGUGUGCAUGGUUUGUGCAAAAAGUGGCUUUUCUUUUCAUGCCCAUCUUAUAGUUUCCACUCAAAAUGAUGUACUUUUUAAAGUAAAGAUGUGAUCGCGUAAACUUUUUCAAAGCGGUGCGGUUCUGUUCUGGUGAACAAUACUGAAUGCGAGGAAGGUUGGUCGGUAACUACAGUUUCAGAAAUGUUACUGACUUCACUGAAGGUACGUCUGUAAAGAUCAGUUGUGAGUUGAGGAAUGUUUUAAGGGCUCUGCAGACCCCAAGUUAAGUGGUGUUGAGUCAAUGGGGGGCAUUGCUCCCUUAGUAGGUGCUCAUAAUUGGCCACUUCAAAGGGCCCUUCGGAAUGAAGGAUGUCGAAGGGUACAACUGAUGGACACUUUGCGCCGCCAAGAUUCUUUGCGUGGCGACGGCGCCUCCUUAUGUGCGCGGGAUGAUGACGCAGAAGGGCACUUCAAGAAACAGUUGUUUGGUCCCUUACACUCUUUAAAGGGCAUAGGGACGAGCCCUUCAAAAUGGAAUACGCCCUUUUCACAUGACGUCACGCAUCUUCCGUUCUGCCGCGAAGCAGUGUAUCAUUACUUCCGCUAGCACUCCAGUUCAUAAGGUGGCGGUAAUGCACCUAUAAGCUGAUUUGCCAACCGCCAGUAAAACUCAAGAAGAAGUUACUUCCGCUAGCGCCUCAGAAUGGAGUUUACCAAGUGGCUUACACAUCUGCCACAAAUACGGCUAGAUGAUGUACAACGUCUUGCAGACAAAUUUUCGCUAACGACAAGAUCAAAGCUAGAAAAAGGAUACAAAUUCUUCGUUGAACAGUACCUGUUUGAUUAUGAAGGUAAGUGUUUUGUUUUCUUUUUGUGUUAGCGAAGGUGCUAGGAUAAGUACUUGAAUACGUGUUUUGUCCGUUUUUUUUCUCACUGUUGUUAAAUUCCAGAGCGACGGCAAAACGGAAGUUCUUCUUAUUCUUGUUUGUUGCAAGACGGAUGUUAUGAUACACUGCUUUGCAAAAAGGCGGAAGUUAAGUGACGUCAUUGUGAAAAGGGCGUAUGCAGGAACUGUCUGCUAAUUUAGUGCAUGUCUUUAAAUGAAAGCCUUGAUCUUACACAUUUCCUCUCAUGCACCUUUUAUUUAAUUUAUUUUUAAGCAUUUUUCAUGAAACAUCUCUGGUAUGUUUAAAUGUUAUUGUUGCAUGAGAUACUCAAGUGUGCCACCAAUGGACAUCAACGGACUGUCAGGGAUGAGUUACAGUAACAUGACAAGUGGGGUAAAGGAUGAUAAUAGAGGUCUCACUUCCCAUAGAGAGUCCCUCGUUCUCCAGUGUAGUCUGGUCUCCAAACGAUAUCCACUUUGUCCGCCCAGUUUACCCAUAUCAUCUCCAGAGACUGGUUCUGCAUUGACUCACCUGCUGUUGUGAUCCCCUGUGCUGUCAAUAAACUCACCUGUUUG